AGUGAUAGGAUCUGUGCCACUGUGUCCUGUUUUUAAAAACCAAAUUAUAAACGUUACCGGCUUACGCCGGAUGUGUCGUCAUGAAAACGCGUCUCAACCGGAUGUUGCAGUGUAUCGAAAGGAAAGUGGAAAAAACGGAAUCAAUAUGGACACUCGAGGACUCCGCUCUCAGCUCAAAGACAGUGUCCCUGUGGCAGGCUUAUGUCCACACGGGGCUUACGGAGUGCAGGACUCUCUGCGUAGCGGCUUUUCCAGUGUAAAGAAUGAGCUCCUACCGAGCCACUCGCUGGAGCUGUCAGAAAAAAAUUUCCAGCUGAACAAGGACAAGAUGAAUUUCUCUACUCUCAGAAACAUUCAGGGUCUUCAUGCUCCCCUCAAACUGCAGAUGGAGUACAGGGCAGCUAGACAGAUCCAGCGUCUGCCGUUCCUACAGAGUUCAAACCUGGCUCUGGACACUCUGCGAGGCAACGACGAGGCUAUCGGCUUUGACGACAUCCUCAACGAUCCAGCCCAGAGUGAAAUGAUGGGCGAGCCACACAUGAUGGUGGAGUACAAACUGGGACUGUUGUGAAAGAAGAUGGGACACACAUGCACAUCUACUCACAGAUUUAGAAUUGUUAUUUGUCUGAAUUACAUUUGUUUAUUGGCUAAACAUAAAUCAUCAAAUCAAAUUGGAAGUCAGACUUGUUUUGGGAAAGACAGGAGUGAUAGGGUCGUGUGGGGUGGGGUUACCCUGUAAAUGAUGUAGAUCUGGAGAGGUAAAUGGACAUUCAGACAAGCAUCAGUGCUGCUUUGGUAUGAUUCCAGUCUGGUCGGUAUUUCUAAUAAACUUCAUAACCUUCCUCGU